UUUGUACUCGGAGUUUGGAAUUUGCUGCUUUCUGCCCCCCUCGGGUAUCCCACCACCGGCUGGGAUGGUGCCCCUGGUGAUGGAUGCCCCGGGAGAGGCCCAUGGUGACCCUCUGGGUGCCCGUGGGUAUCACUGUGGGUGCCCCACCGGGUGCCCAUGGGGGUCCCAUGGGUGCUCCAGAUGAUGCCCCUCUGGGAGCCCCAGGUGAUGCCCACGGGGGCCUCUCUGGGUGCUCCAGGUGAUGCCCAUGGGUGCCCCUCUGGGUGCCCCAGGUGGUGCUCACGGGUGCCCCGCAGGGUGCCUCGAGCCGUACCCACCAACGCCGCUUCGGGUGCCCGUCCGGGUGCCCCAGGCGAUGCCCAGGGGGCCCCUCUGGGUGCCCCAGGCGAUGCCCGGGGGUGCCCGGUCCAUAGGUACCGCUCUGGGUACCGCGUGCCCCGCCGGGCGCCCCGCGCGAUGCCCGGGGGCAGCGGGAUGUGGAGCCGGGCUUGGGGGACAUCCCACCCCUGGGCAAAGAGCGGCAAAAGGACAGAAACCGCCCCAAAAAGGCGCCGAGGCGGCAGCCGGCCGGACCGCGCCUCUCACCCAAACCAAAAAUCCCGCCGCAGUGCCUCCGCGCCGCCGGCUGCCCCGGCCGCCUUUUCGGGGGGUCCCCGCUCCCCCGGGCCGGGGGCGCCCCCUCCCCGCAGUUAUAUUUUACUCGUUCGCCGGAUUCUCGCUUUCGCUUCGCCGCAGCCGAUACACACCGCGAGCGCACCAGGGCCGCGGGCCGGGGCCGGGCCCCCCGCGCCCCCCGCGCCCCCCGGCCCCGCAUGGACCCCCCGACCCCCGCUCGCCUCCCUGAGCAGGGGACGGAGCCGGGAGCCCGCAGGGGACAGGACACAGGUGGGGACAGGACACGGGUGGGGACAGGACACGGGUGGGGACAGGACACGGGUGGGGCAGCCGCGGCUCACGCGGGAGUUCGGAGCUGCCGCCGCCUCCUCUGCUUCACACUUGGCCUCGGGACGUCACCACCUCAUGCGCGUGACGUCACCGCCUGGUGGUGUGACGUCACCGACGUCACCCGUAGAUCGGCGUUGGCCGAAGCUGCGCUUCACCCUCGCGGUGCCCACGGUGCCCAAGCACUGCCCAGGACCCCCCCUGUCCCCUCGGUGCCCACCCCUCGCUCCAGGCUGGCCUGGCAGCGAUGGGGGCUGGACACGGGCCCCGCCCUGCCCAGGAACCGGCCAUUGUCCCCUGCCCGAGUGGCACCCGGGGCUGCGGGACAGCCCCCUCCCCGCGCGGGGACACGACACGCCUGACGCCGGGGUAGGUUGGGGACACCUUUAG